AUGAACCCACGCCAGACUUUUCGUAUUCUCAUCAUCAACCCCAACUCCUCAGAGGCAACAACUGCGGCGAUAGUGGCUAGUAUAGACAGAAUGCAGUUGGGCGAUUCCAUUGAGCUCAGUGCUUAUACAACUCCACAGCCAGUCCCGUCAAGCAUAACUAGUUACAGCGACAUCGAGACAAGCGAAGAAACUGUCUGCUCAAGAAUAUCAACCGAUGGCCCUACAUUAGAUCACUAUGAUGCCGUCCUCAUCGCUGGCUUUGGUACCAAAUCUCUGAUUUCAAAAUUGUCCAACCUUGGCCCUGAAUGUAUAAUGGGGGUCUUUGAAGCGAGCAUUUUAACGGCCCAGACACUACUGCGCCCAGAUAGUGAUGACAGAUGGGGGAUUGUCACACUCGACGACUUCUGGGGGAGCUAUCUUACGGGCGAAGUCAGGACAUUCCUGGGCCAGAACAAGAAUAGCAGCAAUGACAGGUUUGCCGGUGUCUUCUCAGCGAAGUUGCAUAGCUCUGACCCAAACACGAUUUCCCAAGAGGACAUGAAGAAUGGGAUAAGGGAAGCAACAGGGCAAUUGUUUCAGUCAAGUUCGGCCCGAUGCGUGGUAAUAGGCUGUAUAGUAUCGGCCGAAUUGGAGGACAUCGUCCGCUCUACCGCAACCGAGUUCUCAGGGAAGCGCAUGGGCGAGACCCUGUAUGUCAUUGACGCCACCAAGGCAGGAAUUUUGCAAGUACAGCAAAUGGUUCGUUGCAGAGAUACUUUCAGGUAG